UGGUUCACAUGUCAUUAUUGCUGCUACUGUGGCGCGAAGCAGCACCCAUUGAAGUCCCACAAGAUGCAAAGAUCCUGCAAGACCUAAAGCAGCCCCCCACUAUAGUCAAACAGUCAGUGAAGGACUACAUUGUCGACCCCAGAGAUAACAUCAUCAUCGAGUGUGAGGCCAAGGGCAACCCAGUGCCAACGUUCUCAUGGCGAAGGAACGGGAAGUUUUUCAACAUCGGAAAAGAUCCCAGAGUGACGAUGCGAAAACGCUCGGGAACUCUGGAGAUCGGUUUCCGUAGCGGCGGACGACCAGAGGACUAUGAGGGAGAGUACCAGUGUUUCGCCAGCAAUGACCUCGGAGUGGCUCUGUCCAACAAAAUCCUGCUCCGGGUCUCCAAGGCUCCUUUGUGGCCUAAAGAGGUGCUGGAGCCAGUGGUGGUGCCUGAAGGCACCCCGCUGGUUCUAACCUGCAACCCCCCACCGGGCCUGCCUCCUCCGUUCACCUUCUGGAUGAACAGCGCCAUGACUCCCAUCCCUCAGGAUGCGAGAGUGUCCAUGGGUCUGAACGGAGACCUGUACUUCUCCAACGUUUUGGCCAGAGACGCUCACACUGACUACAGCUGCAGCGCUCGCUUCCUUUUCACACACACCAUCCAGCAAAAGAACCCCUUCACACUCAAAGUUCUGACCAGCCGUAAAGUAGCUGAGUCCACGCCGACCUUCCUCUCCCCCUCAGGGAGUGAGAGUUCCAAAAUGGUGCUACGAGACGAGCCUCUGCUGCUGGAGUGUAUCGCUGCUGGACUUCCGACGCCCACCAUCAAGUGGUUUAAGAAGGGCGGGGACCUGCCGUGGCCAAAAGUGAAGUAUGAGAACUACAACAAGACCCUGAAGGUUAUCAACAUGUCAGAGGAGGAUGCUGGGGAAUAUGUAUGCAUGGCCAACAAUCAUUUAGGCAGCAUACGCCACUCCAUCUUUGUUCAGGUCAAAGCGGCUCCUUAUUGGCUAGACAAACCUACAAACCUGGUGCUAGCCCCCGAUGAGAACGGGCGGCUGGUGUGUCGGGCCAACGGCAACCCUAAACCUAACAUUCAGUGGCUGAUCAACGGAGAGCCUAUAGACAGCUCUCCCCAGAACCCGAGCAGACAGGUGCUAGGUGACACCAUCAUCUUUCGCUCGGUGCAGAUGGGAAGCAGUGCUGUGUACCAGUGCAACGCCUCCAACGAGCAUGGCUAUCUGCUGGCCAAUGCCUUCGUCAGCGUCCUCGACAUGCCUCCGAGGAUGCUGGGCCCUAAAAACCAGCUGAUUAAAGUCAUCGAGAACAACCGCACCUUCCUGGAAUGUCCUUUCUUCGGUUCCCCCCUGCCGGAUUUACGCUGGUUUAAGAACGGACAGGGCAGUGGGCUGGAUGGUGGUCAUUACCGUGUUUACAUCAAUGGCACCCUAGAGAUCAAACGGGCGCGAGCAGAGGACGAGGGCACCUACACCUGUGUGGCCAACAGCAUCCUGGGCUCGGCCGAGAACCAGGUCCGCCUGGAGGUCAAAGAGCCGACUCGUAUCGUCCGAGCCCCAGAGCACCAGUCAGCCAUCAGGGGCUCCAAGGCUCACUUUGACUGUAAGGUGAAGUCUGAUCCCAGCCUACCCAUCACUGUGGCCUGGACCAAGGACGACAAGCCCCUCUACCUGGGAUGGAGACUGAAGAAAGACGAGGAGUCGCUAACCAUCCCCAAUGUGAAUGAGGGCGAUGAGGGAACGUACACUUGCACUGUUAAAUCGGAGAUAGACCAGGACUCAGCCUCAGCCCGCCUCACUGUGUUAGACCGUCCAGACCCUCCCAUUGAUCUGGAUCUGUCAGAAGCUGCAGCCCGCAGCGUUCGCCUCACCUGGAUCCCCGGAAAUGAUCACAGGAGCCCAAUCACGCAAUACCUGGUCCAGUUCGAGGAGGAUCGCUAUGAGCCGGGCAGGUGGCAGGACCUGUCCACUUACCUCGGAGACCUCAACUCUGUCAUCCUGCAGCUCGCCCCCUUCAUCAACUACCAGUUCAGGGUCAUCGCCAUUAACUCAGUGGGCCCAAGUCAGCCCAGCCGCCCCUCGCCACGGUACAAGACCAGCGGAGCGGCCCCAGAUGCCAUUCCCAGAGGUCUACGAGGAUGGGGCUCCAAGAAAGACAAUAUGGAGAUCACCUGGGAGCCUCUGCUUGAUCUGGAGAGAAAUGGCCCUAACCUGCACUACAACGUGUGGUGGAGACGGAAGGAUUUGGGAGAGGAGUGGAGUAAUGUUACCACGGUGGGGUCCAAACAUGUUGUCCACAACACAGAAACCUAUGUGCCUUAUGAGAUUAAGAUUCAGGCCAGGAAUGAGUUUGGACAAGGACCUGAGUCUAAUGUGGUCACUGGAUACUCUGGAGAGGACAAGCCCACCGACGCUCCCUCUGACCUGCGGGUGUCAAAGGUUGACAGCACCAAGGCGAACAUACACUGGAAGCCCGUGGACCUGAGCUCUGUCUCUGGAGAGUUCAAGGAGUACAGAUUGUACUACUGGCGCGAGUCCAGUCUGGUUCCGACUCUGGUGGUCAGUAAGGAGAAGAAGACCAAGGGUUUCUACAGCAUCAUGGCCGAGCCGUCUGGCAUCCUGAGCGACCUGGUGCCCUACUCUAAAUACAAAAUGUUCAUGGUUGUGGCCAACAACCUCUAUGAGGGCCCCCGCAGCAACACAGUGGAAAUCACCACCAAGGAGGGAGUGCCAGAUGCUCCGAAGUUCUUCCGGAUUAACCGGAGAAGUUUUGACACCAUCCACCUAGAAUGGGACAAACCUCUGGAGCCCAACGGCAUUCUGAUUGGAUACCAGCUCAAGUACCAAACAGUCAAUGGCUCCAGGGUGGGUCAUCCCAAGUUGGAGACUUUCUCUCCUAAUGUGACAGAGUUCACCCUGCGACUGCCGGACCGAUCUACCCGCUAUAAGUUCUAUCUGUCAGCGCUCACCCAGGUGGGAGCAGGGGAGGUCUUUGCUGAGGAGUCCCCACACUUCGCCAAUGAAGCCUACAUAGACCAGGUGGACAUCGCCACUCAAGGCUGGUUCAUUGGCUUGAUGUGUGCCAUCGCCCUCAUCAUACUGAUCCUCCUCAUCGUCUGCUUCAUCAAGAGGAGUCGCGGGGGCAAAUACCCAGUCCGUGACAAAAAAGAUCUUCCCUUGGACCCAGUAGAUCAGAAAGAGGAUGGAUCCUUUGAUUACCAGUCUCUUGAAAGCAGCGACGAGGACAACAAGCCCCUCCAGGGCAGCCAGACGUCGCUGGACGGCAACGUGAAGGAGAGCGACGACAGCCUGGUGGACUAUGGCGAGGGCGGCGACGGCCAGUUCAACGAGGACGGCUCUUUCAUCGGCCAGUACACGGUGAAGAAGGACAAGGACGAAACGGAGGGCAACGAGAGCUCUGAGGCCACAUCUCCCGUCAACGCCAUCUACUCGCUGGCGUAGCGCCGCAGCGGCACACGGGGGACGCAGCGGCACCCUCGGAUCUGAGGGUGUUACGAUAAAAACCACAACACCAUACACCAGACACAAACACACACAUUAAUAUAUUCAUAUAUGAAACACAUAGGGAAGGCAGCAGGGCCUGUCUAGAGACUGUGUAGGCUGUCCUCUGCAGAAAAAGUAACAGGGGAACACGGGAGUGGAAUUAGACCACACACCUUUAUUUUAGUUUCCAGCUCUGAGAAAAGGGCCCAUUGGAGGUGACGUUGGGACUAAGAGAACAGUGCUUGUUUUCCUCUGCGCUCUGCCUGCCCUAACACAGACAUGAAGUGUGCCUUCGGGGCAGCUUUCAGCACUUGGAAGCAUCAACAAGAGUUCUUUUGAGAUUUUCUCUUUGGUUCGUUUCUGCUCUGAACAUUUUCAGUGUCCCUGCUCUCCUUCCUCAUACCGCUGUGUAGCAUCCCAGUAAAGUACACACAAGAGGUCCCUGACACACACACACACACACACACACACUGGCCCCGUCCUGUAACAUAUCAGCUUCUAACCAUCAAACUCAACAGGAUGCCGGCAGAAAUGUUUAUCAUAUUGAUAUUUACGCAAUGAAAGAUUUUAGUUUUUCCACAGCUGGUAGACGAGUCAUUGAAUCUUAAUGAGUGCUGUAUACAGUUCUGGCACACAUUUUAGUGCCCUGCAAAACUAUGCACUGUCACCUCCUCCAUAGCAUUUUAGGUUUAAUCUGGUUAGUAAAAGUACACAUUUGGGGUUUCUUUUAUACCACUUGCAGGCUAAAUCACAUGCUUAUAUUCACUUUGCCUUGUACGAUGUGAUAGACAUGUUUUUCUUACCUCUAAUCCAAUGUUGUAGUGCAGAUGUUCAAAAUGGAAGAAAGGCUAUUUCUGCCACAGGCACCAAGCUCUGCUACAGUAUGUUGUUAAUGAAUCCCAUGGUUGUUGUUUUUUAAAAGAUGAUGAAUAUAAUUUUGGAGCAUGAUAGUAACUUAGUGCAAGAGAAAUGGAAGGCAACAGAGAGGACUGUUAGUUUUGUAGACCACAGCCCCAAAACUCCCUAGUUAGCAUGCAGACUAAUGCUGCAUUCAUGUCAAAUAGGAACAGUUAAAUAUUGACAGUUGUACUUUAGUUUAUUAUUUGUCAAACCUUUGAAAGUAUGUUUUAUACCAAAACAGUCUUUGCGAAGUCAAUCCAACAUGGUGAUCACAUAAUAACUUAUUAUGAUAGGGAACUUUUUUUUUUUUUUUUAAAUGAACAGGCUACAUAUUCCUCUAUAUGUAUUUUCUCGAUUGUGACACCAAAAUUAUGGAAGUUUAGGGUCCCAACCAGAAAGUUCCUAGUUAGUUUUUAGCUCCUGUAACUGAGAUGUGUCUUCAAGUUGGAAGCUAAUGUAUACGUUCUUUCCCAUGGGGCAUGAAUGCAGCACGAGAGGCUGGGAUCCUAAGUGUGUUCAAACUACAUGCCUUGUGUUUUCCCCAAAAUAUUCACCAUGGAUUUUUAUAUUUUUAGUCUGUGUUUUAUUGGCCUUAUACAGCCAAUAUACAGGCGCCAUCUGUCAGCUAGGAACACGCCCACCAACCUCUAGUUAUUUCAGUUACUUCCCUCCAGACUCUCUCUCUUUUCUAGUCUCUGUAUGUUGAUGAAUGGGAGUCAUAAUGCCUCGGAAUAGGUGAAAGGUUUUGCUCAAGUUGAAAAAAUGUUAACUCCCAUGGACACAAUUCAUUCAUCCUCUCACGUCUGUGCAUUGACUUUAUAUGCAAACACACUGUUCAGUCUGAACCCACCUUUGCAGGGGAUCUACACCUCUUUCCCUCCCUGUAGUUUUUAUAAACUCAAUUAAUUUGUUAAACAUUACAGAUGGAAAAAAAAGACAGCGUUAGGGACGCUUUGGAUACUUGAAUUAAAUGAAAAAAGAUUUGCAGCAUGAAAAUAUAUACAUUAAAUUCACAGCCACCUUUGAAAUUAAACGUAUCAGCUUAUUUUUUUAGUUUUUGCAGAGGAAGAAAGAAAAAAGAAAACUGUUUGAGUAACAGAAAAAGUUUUUAGAGGUAUGUAUGCUCAGUAUUUCACUUGACCUACAACCAUAUUUGUCAUGUAGAUAUUCUGUUAGCAGCCUGAUGGACUGACAGCUAAUCCUUUAUUUGAUACUAAAUGAUCACGGAGUGCUCUUUUCUUUCACCACUCAUACUCUACUUACCUGCUACUCAACGGCACUAUUAAACCCUCCAAUGCUAAAUCAAAAAGAUCUUCACUGCAAUUAGCAACUGGAGUUCACAUUGUAUUUCAAAUAUUUAUUUUAUAUUUCUAUUUAUUACAUUAUGUGGUAGUAUUAAUAUUAGUCCUUAAUUUAACAAUUGUUAUAUACACAUUUUUGACCAACUUAUUUUGUUGUUUCACACUAGAAAUAGCCAGAAUAAAGAUGUCUCCAGAUUAUUGUUCAUCAUGAGAGGCAUUAAACACACAACAGUAUGUUCGGGAUAUUUGUGAUAUUUGUAGCAGCUGGCUUUUCUGCUGUAAACAAAACCGCAUACCUGUCAUGGUACAUGAAAAAUGUCACGUUUAUCUGUCCAUUGUGCUGCUCUUCUCGUACUCAUGUUGUAUUACAGUUACUCUGUGUUGUUAUUCAGAUUUAUGUAACAUAAUCUUUCCACCACUCAGAAAAUCAAUAUUGUUGCUUAUUAUUUAUUUGACAUAUAUUCUGUACAUGUAGGUCAUGAAGAAAAUCUCUUAUAUUUGUAAAUAUUUAAAAGUCAACUUCCCCAGAAAAAUGCUUUAUCCAAAAAAAGGAAACAAAAAGUCACAAAUCUUUAUUCACCAAGCAAAAGCGACAGGUGCAUCUUUAGUCUGUCAUGCACCUUUGUAAUGUAGCUUUGACUAACAUUUGCACUCUGAAAAAGUAACAAGAAUCAUCCUUCACUCUACUGUAUGUUGCCCUUUGCUUUGUGAUAUAUACUGACUGUGGCAAGUCUAUCAGUCACUUGUUUGAUGAUGGUUUGGAUUCUAUAUUGUGAAAGAGGAAGACGUUAGAUUAUCUGUCUAUAUGUUGUAAAUAAGACGUAAGUGCUCCUGGAAUAUACCGUUUGUAGCAUUGUCGCACACAAACUGCUAGUAGGCCUAAAAACAUGCAUUUGCUGACUUAUUGGAACAAACUCCCCUCCUUUAAACUGUUAUACAUUUGUCAUCUCUCUGAGAAUGCAUCGACUCCUUCCUAGGAUGCCUUUCACCUAACAUGCCUAUUGUUGCAUAGCUAGUCCCAUUUCAGGGGCCACCUUAGAGGACUGAAGGUUGAGUCUGCUCCUGAUUCAUAUAUGAGACUGUCAAGCCACAUACAGACAAAGCAGUGCCCAAAGUUAGUCUCAGAAAGUUGUCCCCAAAACAAGCGGAGAACGCUAGAAACAAAAGAUGUUACAUAACCUUGUUAUACGUUAUGUCCCAAUUUGUCAUUGGAAAUAGGGUUAUGAAUGGUGUGAUAUGGUCACCUGGGUAGCUCACAUGGUAGAGUGCGCGCCCAUAUAAAGAGGCUCAGACCGGCGGCCCUUUGCUGCAUGUCGUUCCCCCUCUUUCACCCAUUUCAAGUCUAAGCUGUCCUGUUGAAAAUAAAGGCCUAAAAAUGCCCAAAAAAUGAUCUUGUCAUAGAUUCAGAUAAGAUAAUUUGGAGACAACUGACAAAGUAGCAGGUGAAAGGGCAACAGAUUUUCAGUCUGCACACAAAGAGUUACUGUAAGUCAUUAUUUACAUGCUGCAGUGGCUUGAGUCAACCUAUCCGAUAUCAAGUUGACAAGGAUCGACUAAAUGCAUAAUUAAACAUGGGAAUGGCCCACAAUCAACUAACAUUUGGGCGAAAGAAGUCUGCAAUUCUUGCCUCAUUUCGAGGAGCCUUUUAAUAAGGGCAGACCUUGUUGAAACAUUAUGACAUAUUUAAUUUGCGGACUUCGAAGGAGGAGGCCCCUAAAAUGGAACACAACAUAUGUCCAGGUGACAGGCGGCCAUUUUGAAAAUGAAGAGAUGUCUGAUUCCCCCAAAAUCACUACCUCUCUGUCUCCAAUUCCCUUUUCCAAAAACUCAUGUUCCCUUCUGUCUCUCUGCAGAAACUCAAAGCAAUAUCCUCUGAGUUUUAAUCAGCUGGGUGUUUUCUCUGACGCCAUUGUUUUACAGUAUGUUCACUCUAAUGUUAGUUUGAGCACCGAGCACAGACAUCUUGACAAAAAUAGGAGACUGCUGCUGAAAUGGAAGAAAACGGGAAGAAAAAGCACUGAGAGAUCAAACGUUGGGUCAAAACGUACACGUCCGAACUUUCUCACUGGACUCUUGGAAGCGUUUUCUUCCAGAUCUGGUCUGGAAACCAGCACCUCCUUCUUCCCACAUGGCCUUUCCUCUUUCCCCCCGAAGUGGAUCACAGUGGGGAAAUGUUGUAAAGUGUCUAUCUAACAAAGAAAAGAGAAUUAUGCAUAGUUGCUGAUACACAGUGCUUUUUUUCUUGUCCUUUUAUUCGUGCACGUUGACUCUCUUUUUACUGUCUGCAUCGUCUCAGCUCAACUUUACUGGGGGAAAAGAAAAUGUUGAUGUGCAGUUUUACAGGUUUGUGUUUGUUUUUCAUUUCAAAAUGUUGCAGUGUAGAACUGGUGCAUACAAGAUUUGCAACUGGGUUUUUUCAAUGAUUGAUCACAUGCUGUUUGGCUUUUUUUUAUGAAUUCUCAUAUUAGCAUCUUCUUGUUUAUACUAUGUUUAUCAGAGCAGCUCGUCAAAGUCUUGCUUCGAUACGCAAAAUAACAGCUUUUGUAAGGUACAUACUCAACAGAAAAUGGCAUAAAUAUAUUCACCAUGUAUGCGUGUAUGAUGAGAUGUUACAACUUCUG